UGUUUCUAUUUCCAGAUUAUUUCACCUCCUUUUCUCGUAACAUUCUUCUUUAAAUACUUCUUACUUGGAAAAGACGAUUUGAUCUCAGUUUCUUUUUUUCUUCUUUUUUUCUUCAAACAUCACUUCCACACACACCAAGACAUGAGAGAUAAACCACAGAUAAACCACACAUCAACAUUCAAGACUGAGAACCAAAAUAACAUUGUACUGUCACUUUUGGCCUCGUUCCAGUGGCCAGACUGAACAGAAACUCUGAGCAGUGUCCAGUCUAACAGUGAACACAGCGACAGAACCUCUGAACCGGCAGUGUCCAGUCUAACAGUGAACUUCAGUUCUUUAGGAUGGAGCCCCUCAACUCCACCAACCAAUCGUACUACAGCAGCAUCCUCACCCACCAGGUCCUGCCGCCGCUCUAUUUCAUGAUCUUUGUUGUGGGGAUGUGCCUGAAUGGCGUGGCUGCCUGGAUCUUCUUCAGAGUGCCCAGUGACUCGGGUCUGGUGGUCUACCUGAAGAACAUGGUGGUGGCUGACCUCCUCAUGCUGUCCACCUUCCCCUUCCGGUCGGCGGCUCAGCUGGGCCUUGGUGGAUGGCACCUCCAUGUGAUUACGUGCCGCUAUACUGCCGUGCUCUUCUACUCCUCCAUGUACGUCGGGAUUCUCUUCAUAUGCUUCAUCAGCCUUGAGCGUUAUGUCAAGAUCGUCCGACACACCUCCUCCUCCUCCUCCGCCUCCUGCAUGUCAGGUGGGGUAUCCUUACUGCACCUUCUGCAGAGUGUCGGAUUCGCCCGGGUGCUGGCGGUCCUCACCUGGAGCCUCCUCCUCCUCUGCGUCUUCCCCAAUGUCCUGCUGACCAGUCGACCGGCCCAUGAGGGGAAUGCACGACACUGCAUGAAGCUGAAGACGCCGCUGGGCGUGCAGUGGCACCGGGUGUCCACCUUCUUCAGUGUGAGCCUGUUCUGGGUGACGCUGCUGAUCCUCGCCUUCUGCUACACUUCCAUUGCUUGCCGGGUCUACCAGUCAUACCGCCGUGUGCGCCAAAAUAACAGUGAUGCCCGGCGCAAGUCAAACCGCAGCAUCUUCAGCAUCCUGGCCGUGUUCUUCAUCUGCUUCGUGCCCUACCAUGUGUGCCGCGUGCCGUACACUCUGAGCCAGAUGCCGGCAUCAGACUUUAGCGAGCACACCCGCUUCCUGCUGUUCCAGCUGAAGGAGGGGACGCUCUUCCUGUCAGCGCUCAAUGUCUGCCUCGACCCCAUCAUCUACUUCCUGAUGUGCCGAAUCUUCAGAGAGUCGCUGCUGAGAAAACUGUCGGGAAGAGGGGCGAGGAGAUCCCUGACCACCGCCCAGAGUCUGAGCAACAUUUAGGGGGAAAGGAGAGAAGACAAGUAAAUGAGAGAGGACCAAACAACUAGCCACGAACAGACCUUAAAGUCCCAUUGAAACAGGAAGUGGUGUCUUAAGUUUGAAUUGUUUCCUGUAAAAAUCGUCAGAUAGGGAGGGACUUUUAGUGGGUACUGAUUGGUGCUUACAGUAGCUACUAGUGAUUGCACUGCCACCGCUAAGAACUGCAGCUAGUGCUACUUGGCUGGACUGGGGGCCUGAUAAUGACUUCCAAACCAGCAGUGUCCAGUCUAACAGUGAACACAGCGACAGAACCUCUGAACCGGCAGUGUCCAGUCUAACAGUGAACACAGCGACAGAACCUCUGAACCGGCAGUGUCCAGUCUAAC